AGUUAACUGUGCCACCGGUCAACACCCGCGCCCUAUCAUUCCUAUCGACAGUAGCGGGCGAUUCCUUAUCUAGACAUUUGCCUAAAAUACUUCCGGCACUUCUCCUGGCAUUAAGUAAUGCAAUCGACACUCCGAACGAAAAACAAGAGUUUGAUUACUGCCAAUCAGUGAUAUUAUCGGUUAAUGACGAGAUGGGCGUUCGGACAAUAGUGGACCACUUGUUAGAGUCGGCACGCAAUGAGUCGUCAACAAUCAGACGCUCUUCUGUGCUCUUAUUGUUCGCGUAUUGCAGUCAAUCAAAGGCCAACAUAUCCUCAAAUCUUUCACAAUUAAUUCGAGGUUUAAUUUUAUUGUUCACGGAUUCCAACGAACAGGUGUUGAAUCAAAGUUGGGAAGCAUUGAAUGCCAUCACAAAGAGUAUGGAAAGUAAAGAACAGAUGGAAUACGUGUCUGAAGUGCGAAACGCUGUUCGCUAUGCUGUCAGUGGUUUGAAAGCUGGCGCUCACAACCGAAAGACUCAAUUAUUAUUACCGGGAUUUUGUUUGGCCAAAGGAAUCGCACCAAUACUUCCCAUAUUCAGAGAAGCCAUACUUAACGGUAAUCCAGAGCAGAAAGAACAAGCGGCUCAUGGGUUGAGUGAAGUGAUUGAACUGACGAGUGCCGAGGCAUUAAAGCCAUCGGUG